AUGGCUUCUCUUUUCAUUACAGACCUUACUUCCACAUCAUCAUCAUUGCAAAAAAUUCUAUUCGAAUUAAGAUUCAUCGAUAAAUUUAAGUCUGAUUUUUCAUGGAUAGAACAUUAUCAAUGUAAAACACACGGAAAAGAUUGUGGCGGUAAACUUUCAUAUGGAAGUGAAGCAGGAUUAUAUAUGCUUGAAAAAGACAAUAUUAUUCCGUUCGUAGAAAAUGGUUUCGACUAUGUUCAAGAAGAUAUUCGAAAAAAAAUUGUAAGUAAAUUUAAAGCAAUGAUUUAUACUAAGGAUGGAGUAUGGAAUGAUGGGGAUUUCGCUAUAGAUUAUGAGAUUGAUGGUUCAAUUUAUGGAGUUCGUGUUAUGUUAUAUCAUGAGAAAACAGAUGGAGAUGAUUAUAAGGUUUUUAUUGGAAUUGCUCAAAUUAAUAAGCAAACAGCUCCUGGGCAUCAAUUAUUAAAAGAUUAUUAUGAAAAUAACGAUGAUCGUGUUCGAAAUGCACUUAAUGCAGGAUAG